UGUGGUGAUUUGUAUGUGUGUGUGUGCGUAAUUGUCUCAGUGUUUGCUGUGUGUGGUUCCAUUUGGAGUGGGUGUAAAGUGUCACUGCGUGGACUAUGUGGCCCCCCGAGUGUAAGCCGAACUUGAGUGUGAAAGUAUUAGAGAAAAGUGGUGAAGUUAAAUCUUUUAAAAGCGCUUCCAUUUUAACGCAAUUUUCGGGUUUGUUUAUUUUAUAGUAAAUUUUAACGGAAUUCUGAAUGUGAACUCCUGCAUGAUGCGCAUUUUAUUGAAAAUAAGGAUGCGAAAAACCAAAAAGGAACGAGUGUUGAUUUUAAAUUGAAUCGGGCUCAAGAAGCGCAGCCAUUGGCUGGGGAAGAGGGUUCGAGUCCCCCUCAAGCUCCUCCCAUCACGCUUCCAACCUUUUUAGCCGUGCAGAGGACUUCAUCUUAUAAGAGCCUCUGAGAGUCAGAUGUCCAUCCCGUCAGAUCACCAGAGAGAAGAAAGGUGUUCAAACCCCUCCCAUCACUGACUCCGGAGGGAGGCAACCGAGCAAGGCGCCUCGCUUUGACCCACCGGACUCUUAAAUUAUUGUGGAACCAUGCAGUUGGAGAACAUCCUCCCGAGUUCGCUACCCAAAACCUUCUACAAUCUCUCCACCUCGGACAGCGUCAACGACAGCCCGAGGCCGGCGUCGCAACUCGAGUACCAAGAAGUGGACCGGACUGAAUCGGAGUCCAACAGCGCGCCUAAAAAGUACCUAGGGAACGGGAUGCUGGGUGACCCAGACGGGGACACCUUCGCAAAAACCGGGCCCGACGGGAGAAAAGGCUCCCCGGUGCUCGGUGAGGACGAGCUGAGUACCGGGCGUCGGUACAACUUAGACGAACUCGGUUCUGAUCGGUAUUUCAUCUCGUCUUCUCAGGCGAGUUCCGACAUGGCGAGUCCGUGUUCACUGUUUCCGUACGCAGGGCAAACCGGAUCCGUGUACACCGGAACCACCGGGUCAAGGUAUCCGGCUUCGCUUCAUUACGGAUCCGUACUCCCGCCCACCGGCUUCUCCUCUCCCGCUGUGUGCACCGCCCGGAGUCAGUUCAGCAGCGGCGGGUACCAGUUCGGUCAAGGGCCCGGGUGCUUGUAUCCGUCCUAUCCCGGCACCGGAAUCGGUUCCAUGGGUCUUCCCGGUUCCGGCGCAGGCCCCAGGGCGCAAGUGUAUCUUUGUAACCGGCCUCUGUGGCUCAAGUUCCACCGGCAUCAAACCGAGAUGAUUAUCACCAAACAGGGCAGACGGAUGUUCCCGUUCCUGAGCUUCAACAUCACCGGACUCAACCUCACGGCCCAUUACAACGUCUUUGUAGAAAUAGUUCUGGCCGACCCGAACCACUGGCGCUUUCAAGGAGGAAAGUGGGUCACUUGCGGGAAAGCGGACAAUAAUAUGCAAGGUAACAAAAUGUACGUUCACCCCGAAUCCCCAAACACGGGCGCUCACUGGAUGAGACAAGAAAUCUCUUUCGGGAAAUUGAAGCUAACCAACAACAAAGGUGCCAACAACAACAACACACAGAUGAUAGUCUUGCAGUCUCUUCAUAAAUACCAACCGCGACUCCACAUUGUGGAGGUGACGGAGGACGGGGUGGAGGACAUGAGCAACGAGGCUCGAACCCAAACCUUCACGUUCCCGGAAAACCAGUUUAUAGCGGUUACUGCCUACCAGAACACGGAUAUCACACAACUGAAGAUCGAUCACAAUCCCUUCGCCAAAGGAUUUCGGGAUAAUUAUGACUCAAUGUACACGGCCCCCGAGAGUGAUAGGUUGACCCCGUCCCCGACAGACUCGCCCCGAUCCACCCAAAUUGUUCCCGGCGCUCGCUACGCCAUGCAGCCGUUCUUCCAGGACCAGUUUGUCAACAACCUGCCGCAGAACCGCUUCUACAGCAGCGAACGCGCAGUCCCCCAAACCAACACCUUACUGUCCCCGCAGAGCGACGACUCCGCCGGUGCCGCAGCCGCCGCUGCCGCCGCCGCCGCCUCCGCCGCCCAACGCUGGUUCGUCCCCCCGGUUCAACAACCCGGCUCCAAUAAGCUGGAUCUCUCCUACGAGAACGACUAUUCAACCAGUAGUCUUCUAUCCUACGGGAUCAAACCACUUUCCCUACAGACGUCCCACGCUCUAAGCUACUACCCGGAUUCGGCUUUCGCUUCCAUGGCGGCCGGAUGGGGCACCAGAAGCUCAUACCAACGUAAAAUGACCACGGGGCUUCCGUGGUCCCCUCGUCCGAGUCCGCCGACAUUCCCGGAGGACCAGAUACCGACCGCGAAAGACAAACUCCAGGAAGAAACCGCCGCAUCUGCGUCAACUUGGAUCGAGACGUCACAAUCGCUGAAAUCGGUGGAUUCCAGCGAUUCCGGCGUGUAUUCCAUGGUGUGUAAGAGACGCAGGAUGUCCCCCGGGGGAUCGAGCACGGAGAAUUCUCCGACCAUCAAGUGCGAAGACUUGACUUCGGAGGAUUACAAUAAGGACAACCCAAAAGGCAUGGGUUAUUACGCUUUCUACACAAGCCCCUAAGACUGCCAUUUUUUUUAUUUACUAAUCUAUCAAUAAUUGCUCUUCAUUCCUUGUUAAUGUCUUUUUUUUUUCUCUUUUUUUUUCUCUAAAGGUGCCAAAGCUUAGUGUUGCGCCCCCCCUCACCCCCCCCCCCCCCCCAUUCUCCCCAAGCAAGCUGCACAACGUUAUUUUCCCCAGGCUUCUCACAUACCUGAACAGAAACAUGCAUAGUGAUCGGAUUGUUGGCUUUUGAACAAACAUGUCCGUUUUUUUUGUUUUUGUUUUUUUUAAAUACAUUUUUCCUUUUAAAAAAAAAACAAAAAAAAAAAUUGUGAUUUCUUCUUUACUCAACCUGACCCCCCCUCGAAACCUUCUUGCGUAUUUAAGUCGUUUUCCGUUGUACAGUAUUUGUGCACUUUAGAAUGUGAUGUAUCUUGUACAAAUUGUCUUCAUGGAGGUGUUAUUAAAUGGAUAAAUAAAGACGCUUUUUGUAAAGCA